UUUGGACUUUUGCUGACAACAUGAAGAUUUCGCGUGAUACACUUCUAAUUAAAUAAUGGCCAAAGGAAGCCACAAGUCGCAUCGAAAUGUUUUCACGUGUGACCUAUAUUAGGUUCUUUAGCAUAUGCGUUAUAGUUUGUUUUAUCAUUAGUUGUUUUAUCAGUGUUAUUCCUAUUUCUCUAGAGUCUUGCAAUUGUGAUAACUUCGACGACAAGUCCAGCUUUCUGCACACUCUCGAUGCCGACUCCAGUGUGGAGGAUGCUGGUGCGUCAGGAAGGAAGAGACUUGCCGUUCUGGUGCCAUUUCGGGAUCGCUUCGAGGAGCUGCUGCAGUUCGCUCCGUUCAUGACGGAGUUCCUCAAUCGCCAGAAGAUUCCGCACAGGAUUUUUGUGCUCAAUCAAGUGGACAGAUUCCGCUUCAACCGUGCCUCGCUCAUCAACGUGGGAUUCUUGUACACAAAAUCCCUCUUCGACUACAUCGCCAUGCACGAUGUGGACUUGCUGCCGAUGAACAGCAACCUGAGCUACGCCUUCCCGGACAAGGGGCCCUUCCACGUGGCCUCGCCUCAGCUGCACCCCAAGUAUCACUAUCCCACCUUCGUGGGUGGCAUUCUGCUCGUGCGGCGGGAGCACUUCGAGGCCACGCGCGGCAUGUCCAACAGAUACUGGGGCUGGGGCCUCGAGGACGACGAGUUCUACACUCGCAUCCUCGAUGCCGGCCUGAAAGUCUUCCGGCCGGAGAACAUCACGACGGGCAUCGAAGACACGUUCAGGCACAUCCACGAUCGUGCGCAUCGCAAGAGGGACACGGCCAAGUGCUUCAAUCAGCGCGAAGUGACGCGAAAGCGUGACCGCGAGACUGGCCUGCACACACUCAAGUAUGACAUCUCGUCCAUCAACGAGUUGCAGAUUGACGGAGCCAAAGUCACGGUGCUGAACGUCGCUCUCCAGUGCGAUCACGCAAAGACGCCCUGGUGUGACUGCGACGGAACUGCGGACAGUGGAAAGACUUCCAGUCCCAAAAAACACUGAGGUUGCCGUACUUUAGCUGAAUUACGCGUUGUCCAUAUUGUCCAGGUAUUUUUUCGGGUUCCAGAUUUGUGUUGCAAAAUACUCAAUAGAAAAUACCCACGAGUAAGAGUAUACUUGGAAUUCUUAGAUCUUAAGAGAGGGGUUCAGAGCCUCUCGACUUUAGUCCUAGUCGUAGAUAAAGUCAAGAUUUAUGGUCGAAACUCGAUUGCAGAGACAAGAACAUAAAUUUCCCAAGUGAACAUGAUUUCUCUUCGUCAAAAAAUUCAAAUACAUAAAACCCCUUUAAUUCCACAGAAGCUUUAACUUCACAAUAUCUUAUCAAAUAUGUACUCAGAAUGUCACACACUGGGUGCUCAAACUCUGGAACCUCUUCGCGAAAUCGUUAGUCAUAUUUUGCCAUUUUAUAAGAAACAAAACAUCUGUGUAUAAUCUCUCAAUCAAUCUAUUUCAUUAAUGGUACAGUAUAUAACUAUUUUAAAUAAAUACUAUAUCAAUGGUUUCAGCAAGUUACUUCGUAUCACUUCUAAAGAGAUUAAGAUUGUUUUUAUUUUUUAAGUUGUGGGUGAUUUGAUGUUUCUCUUCAUUCUUUGCCGCUAUUCUUCGGGAAAGAAUUUGAUUCUUUGAGCAAAAUAUUCGGUAACUACCUCAUUAAGUCACAAAAUUAUAAAGCCACCUUCCAAAAGCUUUAAAGAAAGUAUGGUGAGGAUUAAAAUUG